AUGGCUCAUAUGGUAGGAACGGAGAAAUAUAUAAUUACUGCAAAAGAACUUCACGUUGAUAUAUUUAAUUACUUGGACCAUAAAACUAUUGACAUUGCUGUAAAAAAUAAGCCAAAUGAAAGGGAUUCUAUAUCUGACAUUGCACUUUCUAAUGAUGGUAAACAAUUAGCAGUAAUCACACUAACGUCGAAGAAGCUAUUGGUGUACGAUUUACAACUAACGAAACCUCAAAAAGAAUACAAUGUACCACGAAGUGCCAGUAGAAUAAGAUUUACUGUUGAUGAUUCAAAACUGUUAGUGGCAGAUAAAAGUGGUGACGUUCUUAUUUAUGAUAUUACAACAGAUAGUAGUGGGACUAAGAUUUUAGGACAUUUAAGUUUAUUGUUAGAUGUUUUGCAAACUAAUGAUUCGAAAUACAUUAUAUCCAGUGACAGAGAUGAAAAAAUAAGAGUGUCUUGUUAUCCUAACACCUACAACAUACAGACAUACUGCUUAGGGCAUAAAGAGUUUGUUAAUCAUAUAGAACUUCUACCGCACAAUGACAAAUAUUUGACCAGUACAUCUGGAGAUGGCACUGUUAAAAUUUGGAACUACAUUGAUGGGAAAUUACAUCAUACCAUAGAUACUUCUGUAGACAUAACUGAUGACCAAUUGAAGCAAAACUUUUUGAACAUAAUGGAUGAAGGAGGUAUUGAAGUGUCAAAUUUGCCUAUUGUACAUUAUUCUACAUCAAGUAUAAGUGAUAACUUUAGUGUUUUAGCAUUAACUGUUCAUUCAUGUAAUGCGGUACUUAUUUACAGUCUAAGCAAUAAUGAUAAUAAAUUUAGCCAUAGAUUAGAACACAAAAUAAUAUUGGAGAAUUUUCCAAGUGCUAUGAAACUUCAUAACACUUCAAUUUUUGUAUAUGAUGAUACAGAGAGAUAUGUUCUUAUUUACAAAUUGAUUUAUAAUAAUGAAAAUGUUACUGUAGAAACUCACAGUAAAGAAAGAAUGUUUGAAAGUAAAGAAGAUACAGACACUGAAAACAAAGAGACACAACUGGAAGCUAUCAAAGUACUGUACAAAAGGAAAUUUGAUAAUGUUCAAGAGUAUCAAGAAAGAAAAAAACAAAGAUUGGAGAAAUCUUCAAAAUAA